AUGUCCAACACAACAGUAGCAGCAGAUAGAGAUCUCUUUGGAUAUGAUCCAAGUGUCGCUGCUGCCGCAGUUGCAAUGCUCGCCUUCCUCUUUACUGGUGUAGCACAUUCUGUGCAAAUGUACUUUUACAGACCGUGCUGGUAUAUGAUACUUAUGGCGAUAGGUGCUUUCUGGGAACUCAUUGGAUUUGGCAUGCGUAUUAAUGCUGCAUCGCAUGUCACGAGCUCAACAUGGUUUGCUGCUCAACAGUCAAUAUUGAUCUUGGCACCUGUUAUUGUUGCGGCAGGGGAUUACAUGAUUCUGACUCGCAUUAUCAGACACAUUGGGGUGGAAUUCUCACCCGUAAACCCCAAAUACGUUGCUCCCAUUUUUGUCGGAAUGGACAUACUCUCUUUUGUCAUUCAAGGGGGUGGCUCUGCAGCUCUUGUCACUGCCAAAGAUCAAUCAACUCUGAACUUUGGACUGUAUUCACUUCUUGCUGGGCUGGCAGUACAGGUCUUCUCUAUUGCCUGCUUCCUACUCUUGGCUGUGAUAUUCCAGAGACGGGCUCGUGUCGUGCCUGGCUACAAAUGGCGUAGAUUGAUGGCCGCGUUGUAUGUCAGUGCUGCUUUUAUCUUGAUCCGAUCCAUAUACCGUGUCGCCGAAUUUGCUCAGGGAUUCCUCUCUCCAAUUUCCAAAAUCGAAGGAUUGCUCUACACAUUCGACACGGCUGCUAUAUUUGUCGCUCUUGCAGUAUUCAAUAUUGUGCAUCCAGGAAAUAUUCUUGUCGCACCGAAGGAGGGUGACCAUGUGUACAGCAUGUCAAACAGAAUGAGAGUGAACCCAUAA